AUGUCUUCCUUUAUUUUCUUGCUUUUGUUAUUUCCACUUGUUGCAGUAGUAGUAGUGCAAGGAUAUGUUGAAGAUUGUAUGCCAAUCAGAUGCAGUAAACAUAGCCCGAUAAUUCGGUUUCCUUUCAGACAUCAAACUCUGCAACCUCAGCACUGCGGCUAUCCGGGUUUCGAUCUAAACUGCGACCACAAAAAAGAUACUGUACUUGUGCUUCCGUUCUCCGUAAAUGUUGUUGUGAAGGAAAUCAACUAUGCAUCUCAAACAAUUCUUGUUUAUGACCCAGAAUGCCUUCCACAAAAGCUACCCCAUCUAAACUUAUCUACCUCAUCCUUCAACUUCCUUCUUGAUCAUGACUACUUAAUAUCAGACUGUGCCAUUUAUAAAUGUUCUGAUGCAGACAAAUCUUUGUAUCGCUUUCCUUGCCUUAUUGAUCCCAUCAACAAAUACUAUAUUGUUAAUACCAUACAAGAAUUGACUUCUUGUACAAAGAUUCAUGAUAUUUUAGAUGUUCCAUGGAGUAUAUCCGACAAAAACGGCUUCCGUUUGGAGUGGUCUGAGCCGACAUGUGGCCACUGUGAAGCUCAAGGCAAACGAUGCAGCUUACAUAAUUCAACCAGACUUGAUAGUAUUCAGUGUAUCGACAAACAACCAACCAUAAUUCAUCAUGAUUAUCAUUUGUCUAAAGAAAUAUUUUGCUUGUUGGUUACAGAAGCACUGAAGAAGCGACUGAUUGCAGGUUUUGGUUGCUUUCUUGCCGUGAUAAUCCUCGUCGCUCUCGUCCAUCAAUACAUCAGAUUUAGAACUGGCAGGGAGAAUCAAAUCAAGGUUGAAAAGUUUUUGCAAGAUUAUCGAGCCCUUAAGCCGAGUAGAUUCUCAUAUUCAGAUAUAACACGGAUUACUCAUCAAUUUCGCGAUAAAUUAGGUGAAGGGGGUUAUGGAGUUGUUUACAAAGGAAAGUUGAACAAUGAAAUAGAUGUUGCAGUAAAAGUACUAAACAAUUCCAAAGGAAACGGAGAGGAGUUUGUGAAUGAAGUAAGCACGAUUGGGAGGAUACACCACGUCAACAUUGUCCGUCUUGUUGGCUUUUGUGCUGAUGGAUUUCGAAGAGCUCUUGUUUAUGAAUUUCUACGUAAUGAUUCCCUCGAAAAAAUCAUUUUCCAAGCGGGUUCUAAGAAAAUAUCUCUUGAUUGGGAAAAGCUAAAGGAUAUUGCGCUAGGCAUAGCCAGAGGCAUAGAAUAUCUUCACGAGGGAUGUGAUCAACAAAUACUCCAUUUCGACAUAAAGCCGCAAAACGUAUUGUUAGACCACAACUUCAACCCGAAGAUCUGCGAUUUUGGUCUUGCGAAAUUGUGCUCAAAGGAACAAAGUGCAGUGACAAUGACCGCGGCUAGAGGAACAAUGGGCUAUAUUGCACCUGAAGUACUGUCCAGGACUUUCGGGAGGGUUUCGUAUAAGUCCGAUGUUUAUAGCUUCGGAAUGUUGUUGCUUGAAAUGGUGGGAGGGAGGAAAAAUGAGGAUCGUAAUGUAAAUAAUACUAGUCCGGUAUAUUUUCCGCAGUGGAUUUACAAUCAUAUAAAUGCGGAGGAUAAUCCCAUGUGGGAACAAAUUGAUGAAGAAGGAAAUAGUAUAGCAAGGAAACUUAGUAUAGUAGGGUUGUGGUGUAUACAGUGGUGUCCGACAGAUCGUCCGUCAAUGAAAGUUGUGGUUCAAAUGUUGGAAGGAGACAAUGGCGAUCUCACAAUGCCUCCAAAUCCAUUUCCAGCUACUACGAAUUCCGUUGGUGCCGGGCAUUAUCAAACUGAGAUGGCUAUCAUAUUAGAAGAGUAAAGGAUAUAUAUAUAUAUUUCUCUUUUAUCU